AUGUCCUUGCUCUCCAGGUUGUGGGCACUAGCUCUCUCACUAUCCCUUAUUCCUCUCGCAUCCGCACGCCAUGAAUCCCUCUUCACAUCAUCCGUCUCGUACUGCGACGACCCUGUCGCCCUCAACGUGCAGCAGUUCGACAUUGAAUACAUCGCGCACAACUCGACAAUAUUUUUCAAUGUCUCUGCAAGCACAGUUGAGGAGAACCUGUACGCAUCGGCAAAUCUCCUGGUCAACGCAUAUGGCAUGAAGCCCAUAAACAUUACGAUCGACCUCUGCGACGUCCUUGGUGGUGCCCUCUGCCCAUUACCCCAAUACAACUUCGUCGGCUGGGAUUGGCUCUCUCUUCCGGAGGAGCUCAAUAUCAACGACAAACUUCCGGGCAUCGCCUUCAAAGUGCCUGACCUCGAAGGCUACGCGCAGCUCCAGCUCAUAGAGCGCGACACCAACGAGGUCAAGGCAUGCGUCCAAGCCACCCUGUCGAACGGCUGGUCGAUGUAUCAGGUGGCCGUGGAGUGGGGGACUGCGGGCCUCACGCUCUUCGCACUCCUCUCCGCCCUCCUGCAAUCUUGGGCCUCAACAUCACUCGCCGCCGUGCGCCUCCUAGACCUCAUCUAUCUAUUCCAAGUCAUUGUCUCCAUCGGACUCCUCAACCUAAAUUAUCCGGUUGUCUACCGUUCCUUUGCCCUCAACUUCGCCUGGGCCGUCGGGUUGUUUGCGGGCUCGAGCUCCCAUUCAGUCCAGGCGUCAAUAGACAGCAUGCGUCACAAGACUGGCGGCAAGAUGGCGGACUCUAGCACUGGCAGCGCGAUUAGCCUCGUCAACCGCGCGCUCAGUCCGUACAACGAGAUGGCCACUGUGGGUUCAGCGGAUGCGUCCGGCAGCUCCGGCACAUCCCUCUCCACCUCCAACUUCGGCAGCUUCCUCGCACUACCAAGAUCAUUGGCUGUCACUGCGGUCAACCACUUCAAGCGGUCGACCGCUGGCGACGUGCAGACCGUCACGGCCAAUUCCGCGAAUGUGCUCACUGGAGGCAUACCCAUCUACGUCAACUCGAUGCACGUCGGCACUGCCAACGCGUUCAUGACUGUAUUUAUUUCUGUACUCAUCCUCGCUGCCAUCGCCCUCGGCGUCUUCGCCCUGGUGUACGGCAUCCUCCUCCUACUAUCGCGCUCUAAUUCAACAUGGGCAACACGUCAUCAGGAGAUGUUCCCCUUGUGGGCACGCGCAUGGGGCCUUCGCCUGGGUCUUAUCGUCUUCUUCCCUGUGUUGAUCUUCGCGUUCAACCAGUGGACGUUGAAGGACUCGUGGCUAUCCAUCCUGCUGUCUGUCAUUCUGUUGCUCAUCGUUCUCGCGGGUGUCUGCUUCACCGUGUUCUCCACGCUUCGCAUCGCCAAACACUCCCGUCCUUCAGCGCUAUACUCGACACCACAACACGCGCAGAGCCUGGGCCCGCUGUAUAGUCCAUAUCGCGAACCCCGGUUUUACUUCUUCCUCAUCGUUCUCUCCAUCAUCGUGAUCAAGGCUAUCUUCAUCGCGUUCGCGCAUGCAAGUGGCCCGGCACAGAUCGGCGCUUUGUUGGGCGUGGAGAUCAUCUACUUCGUCGCGUUGUGCGCUCUCAAGCCGCACCCGACGCGUGGCUCCGACGUGCUUGCAGGCUACCUGUCGCUAUCUCGUAUAGUGGGCACCGGCUUGCUCAUCGCCUUCGUCGAGUCCAUGAACGUCGCCGCUAUCCCGCGUGUGGUCAUCGGCAUCAUCAUCGCCCUCAUCUUCAGUGUGGCGACUGUGGUCAUGGCCAUCAACAUCUUCCUGCACGCCAUCGUCUACAGCCGCUUCUGGAGACGCGAGCAAACCGCGGAGGACCAGGCGACGUUGAGGGAAGACAGCAUACCCAAAGAGCAGGUGUACGUCGACUCCGAGAAGGGUGUAGAGUCCAGCUCCCCUUCGGCGACCUCACCAUCAACGUCCGGGUGGCGACCAUCUACCGAGCAGGCCCCAACGCACGCGCGGUACCAUUCCUCGUCGACUAUGUAUGGCAGGCAGUCAUACGACCACGAUUCCACCACCGGGCUGCGUACCACCCACGCAUAA